UAUGCCCGGCUUCAGGGGAGUGACCGCGGCUCCUUUGCUUCUGCAGGGAUGAAAGAUGCAGCCGAGCUGCUGGGACACCGGGAGGCGGUGAAGUGUCGGCUGGGUGUAGGGGGCUCGGAUCCGGGGGGACACCCAGGAGACAUGGCUCCCAACUCGGACACGGUGGAAGGGACCACCCUGCUGCCGGGAGAAGACAUCACAACGGUGGGAUCCAACCCCAGCUCCUUAGCCGUCAGCUCCAAAGACCCCGACAAGCAGCAAGGCCAGCAAGGGGGCCAGAACCCCAGCCAGGCUGGGCAGCAGCAGGGGCAGCAGAAGCAGAAGCGGCACCGCACCCGCUUCACUCCGGCGCAGCUCAACGAGCUGGAGAGGAGCUUCGCCAAGACCCACUACCCAGACAUCUUCAUGCGAGAAGAGCUAGCACUGCGCAUCGGCCUCACCGAGUCCCGAGUGCAGGUCUGGUUCCAGAAUCGUCGGGCCAAGUGGAAGAAGCGCAAGAAGACCACCAAUGUCUUCCGCGCUCCGGGAACGCUGCUGCCGACGCCGGGACUGCCGCAGUUCCCCUCGGCCGCCGCCGCAGCCGCCGCCGCCAUGGGCGACAGCCUCUGCUCCUUCCACGCCAACGAUACGCGCUGGGCCGCGGCUGCCAUGCCGGGCGUGUCGCAGCUGCCACUGCCGCCGGCGCUGGGCCGGCAGCAGGCCAUGGCACAGUCCCUCUCGCAGUGCAGCCUGGCAGCAGGGCCGCCGCCCAACUCCAUGGGCCUCUCCAACAGCCUGGCGGGCUCCAACGGCGCCGGGCUGCAGUCACACCUCUACCAGCCCGCCUUCCCCGGCAUGGUGCCCGCCUCUCUGCCCGGCCCCAGUAACGUGACGGGCUCGCCCCAGCUCUGCAGCUCCCCUGACAGCAGCGACGUGUGGCGGGGAACCAGCAUCGCCUCCCUUCGCCGCAAAGCACUAGAGCACACAGUCUCCAUGAGCUUCACCUAAUGGCUGUCGCCUCGCCCCGCGCCAACGCCGCCGCCGUCGUCACCUUGUUCCGUGCUCCUGCCUCGCCCGUUUGCCCCGGCCCGCCCCGGCUCCCCGCCUUCCCCCACCUGACUUUCCAGGGAGUCGACUCAGGAUCUGAAAUCAGACGCGAAGGGACUGGUCUGUGGGCCGAGACCCCUGCCUUCCCUCCCCUCAGUCCCUCUGACCCCAUUUAAAUCACUGCGCUGACCCGCGCAUCUCCUCCACUCCAACUGGCCCGGCCUGCUCGGCAACCGCCUCUCCACUGCGGCGGAGGGGCUCGGGGCCUCCCCGCGGCUGGCCCUGCUUCCCUUCCCCGCCACCACUCGGCGCUCCCGCCGGACUCCCGGCCUGGCAUGAAAAAAACCCAACCAAACAAAAAAGGCAUCUUGGUUUCGUUUCCUUAAUUUUUUGUGGUUUAUUUUAAGAGCAGCCACCCGCCGCCGGUCCCCUCAGCUGCGAGGGCGCCGUCGGAGGGCGGGCGCGCGGGUCAGUGGGACGGUACGGAGACCCCAGAGA